UCAAGGUACAAGUCAGACUAUUUGCGCCACGUACACCUGGUUGUGACGCAGCUAUAAAAUAGAGGAGAGACUAUCCAGAGUAGACAUUUGUCAAACUCACCAGGUCCUUAUAUUCAGGUUUUGAGUGGAUGAUCAAUCAGCCUGGGUUUUACCUAACAACUGACAAUCUUCCCUACACCGCCGCACAGGAUAGCAGCUGACUCUCUGUAUCUCCACAACAUCAGCAUCAAGGACAGGGAGUGCACCAUGAUGGGUAAGGCGCCACCAGGUGUGCUGAUGUUCCUCCUAGUCGUCCUUAAGAUGCUGGGAACAGCAGAAGCUGCCUGCAGCUGCUCAUCGUCAGUCUGUGACUUCAGCAGUCUGAACCUCACCUGUGUUCCUCACGUGCUGGGCCUGCCGACAGACAUCAAAAUCUGUGACUGCAGCAGUCAGAACCUCACCAGUGUCCCUCAGCACCUGCCGACAGACAUCACGCACUUGUAUUUGUGGAGUAAUCAAAUAGCAACUAUCAGUCAGUCUGAUUUCUCACGUUAUAGGAGCUUAGAAAUUCUAUAUCUGCAUGACAAUCACAUUUCUAUUAUCAAUAGCAAGGCAUUUUACCACUUGUCAAACCUGACCGGAUUAAGUCUCUUCCAAAACCGCCUAGAAAGCCUUAGAGCGGACAUGUUUACAGGGUUGGGAAACUUGCAGAAACUUAUGCUGUCCAAUAAUAGCAUUGCUGAUAUUCAGGGUGGAACCUUCAAACCAACACCACAGUUAAGAAUGUUAUUCCUAGAUUAUAACAAGUUAACAACCCUGAGGGCAGACAUGUUCACAGGACUUGCAAACUUGGGGGACAUGGGUCUAUCCUAUAAUAACAUCACUGAUAUUCAGGCUGGAACUUUCAACCCUACACCAGGCCUUAAAUUCUUGUUUCUGUCGUACAACCGUAUUCAAUCCAUUCCGCCCAACUUAUUCAGAAAUCUACUGCUUCUAAAUAUCAAUCUGGAUAACAACAACAUCAAAAUGUUUCCCUUUGAAGACUUGCAAUUGUCAAUUCAAACAAGUCCUUACCUUUCCCUUUCCCUUCAAAGUAACCAAUUGACAAGUCUUCCCAUCUCAUCCUAUGAUAUACUCAAGUCCAUCUAUGACAUAAACAUUGACAACAACCCCUGGCAGUGCUGUAGGAUGGUUGACAUGAGGUUUAAAAUGACUGGGUCGUACCCGUUUGAAAACCAGAUCACUUGUUCCCAACCUGAUAUCAUCCAUGGUCAGAAGCUUAUAGACAUCAGUCCUGAAGAUCUGAUGUCAUACUGUGAAGAUACACCAAUCGUGAUCAAGGCUUGACAGCACAGAGGUGAUAAUAUGACGUUGUAUAAUGGACAUACACUGCAGUUGAUCUGUAAAGCUUCAGGGAUCCCCACACCAGACAUCACAGUCACUCUCCCAUCUGGACUAAACGCUGAUAUUGAGUCACAUGGAAGGGUGACUGUGGAUGUAAAUGGUACAGUGUUUGCAAGAGAUGUUACAGCUGCAUCAGAUGCUGGUCUGUAUGUCUGUGCUGCAGAAAAUCCUAUUGGCUCCAAUGUUGCCACCCUGGUGGUACAAACACUGGCAACAAUCGUUUUCACGUCACAAGUACGUCCCCUUCACCCACAACUGUGGCCACAAACAGCCCACAACUGACCAUGACUCGCAAAACGUCAGAUGUUAUGAUCGUGUCGUUUUUAAACAAUUUUUGUCAUGUUUUUACACUUCCACUUACAGAAUAAUACCUGGUGCUGUGCAGUUCCUAUUCAUUACAAGUGUCCAUUAUGCUGAUAAAGCACUUUCACAAAACUAUGUGUUCUUGUUACCUAGACGUUACCCACGUGACAUUGUUUUGUCUGAGCAUAGGCCUUAUCUAACUACAGAUAGACUAUUGCACAUAAGACAUGCAUAUGGGCAUGGUACUUUGCGGCUCCUAUUAAUCAGAAGUACCCAAUGCUAAUUUAGUACUUUUGCAAAGUUAUGUCGUACAGUAAAGCAUGGUCGGCUAGCAACCUUAAACAAACAUAAUUUACUUUAAAGCAAUCUCUUUUAAAUUUCGAAUACCCUAUGCUAAACAACUGUCUUACUGAACCAACAACCACCCUUUUCUGUCAAAUGGUACAUUUUGAUACCCAAAGUAAAAUUACAAUUGGUGAACAAUACCCCAUAUGCAUACACAAUGAAAAUUACUGGCUCACACGUAUGGUGUACAAUACAAAUAGAACCAGUAGAAAUUUGAAUAGAAAAAAUGGAAACUAUCCUACAGUUGUUUUAGAAAAAGGCAAUUAUCAACAAUCUGAUUUUGUAUCCAAUAAAUAUGCAAUAGCUUUCUUUUUAGAUUUAUAAACAUAGCAUGGUAAUUGUUUAAUUAACAUGUCUUGUUGAUAUGUUUUUACAGCUGUCUUUGUUUUUUUAAUGUUUUAAAAAGGAUUUUCUGUUCUUAUGCUUAGUUGGGUGGAAGUUUGCCCGGCAGAUGUACAUAGUUUGGGCAGGGGUUGGGUUCAUACGUGUAAUUAACAUUCCACGUAAAUGUACACAACAUAAAGCACAACUGAAUGCAGAAUUUAGGAAUGUUGUAUUUAUAAAUGAAAUAUUUGCCUUCAUAAAAGCACGUUAACACUAGAAACGUAUAUCUAUAAAUGUAUGUAUACUAGUAUAUGGGUGUAUUAAUGUACUGUAAUUUGUGAAAUAUUUUAUGGCUUUAUGUCUCUUCUAAAAUUCUACUUUUUAAUUAUUGUUUGUCUGACUAUUGUACAACUGCACUGUUUUAAACGUUUUCCUCUCCUACUUCAAAAUUAAGUCCCUUGAACUAAAAAGCGCUUUUCAGAAGCUUAUUUGACUGGAAAUUCUGUGUUAUCAUAAAUUCGGGAAUAAACUUUACUUGCUGUUGCAUAAUUUACCUUUGUCUGAAAUAUAAUUUUCAGGGUCCGUUGUUGUGUCUUUGAGUUUGCAGAUAUGCAAAUUAGAUCAUAAAUAAAAUUCAAUUGAUUGUUGGCGAACUGCAUAGUUCUGACGAUAUUUUUGUUGUAGGUUGAGUAAUUCGAGCCCCCUCCCAUCUUUAACAGAAGUGGUGGGUUACGUCCUUAACAAAUUAUGUAACAACGUCUUGCAUUCGUGAAAUCAAAGUGCGAUGUAACCUCGGGGUAAUGCUCAAGUCAUUGUUUGGGAGGGAGAAAAAUCUCUAGAAAAGUUCUAGUUUAGCAUGUACAAUAGGUACCAAACUUAAGUAAUGUCUAAGGUAAAAAAACCCGAGGGCAAUGUACUCGUGAAUUUAAAAUUCAACUCCUGCUCGGUCACUUGGUGUGUCGGUUAGAAAUCCUUCAGAUCAAUCUCGGGCCACUCCUCUCUCUCUCAGAAUUGCCAAACAAUGCAUUUUGUACGAUAGCCCGGAUUGAGUAUAUCUGUCCUAUGCAUUUUAGUUUCAGGUAAUUGCCCGACAUAAUUUAUGAUUUCCUAUUAAGAAAAAAAAAUGUUGAAAACUAAACGUUACUUAGAUCGGUAGAACCGAAUGUCUUGAGGAAUUUGUGCAGGGGCACGGGGAGUAAGUUUCAACUGUCAAUACAUAUACCUUCAUGCGUGGAAGCAAAAGUACGGUUAAAUAACUAAUCAUAAACUCAUAUGUUUGCGAACGCGAAUGGAGUCCAUUUCCAAUUCUUCGUGAUACCCAUUGCCGUUACAGAUACCAGUAGCGACCUGUAAUCGCAUUCUGGCUGCUCUAGGAAUGUCAUAUGCACUUCCAGGCUUUUCUACAGCCUCAGUAGAGAUGGAACUUCCCGUAUUUUUCGCAGCCUCUGAAGAGCUGGAACUUCCAGGUGUUUCCGUAACCUCUGAAC